AUGCGGGAUUCCAAUGAUCUCCAACACCCUAGUGAGAAUAUUGGCAUAACACCUCAUCCUCAAUGGCUGUUGCGUGAGUUUACAAAGACGGUUCAAGUGAGCGGGCUGAGGAAUUUUGAUUUUGAAGGCUUUCAAUUCACUUGGGAAAAGGGAAGAUGGACCCCCAAUAAGGUGCGGGGAAAGCUGGAUAGGAUCCUAGUAAACAAUUUGCGACUUCAGCACUUCAGCGAGGCAAGAGUGACUUCGUUUGAAGCCCCUAGUAGAAAUUAUCUACCUCUUGCUCUCUGGCCAUUGCUAACAGUCCGAGCAGACACAAAGAGAUGCUUCAAAUUUGAAAAUAAUUGA